AUGGGUAAAUCGCGUCGCAACCGAGCUGGUGCCUCUCAGCGUCGAGAUCCCCUCGCCAAACCCGUCAAGGCACCCUCAGACCCUGAGCUCGCUGCUCUUCGAGAAGCCAAGAUCAUCCCUAUCAUCAACGACCUUCAGAAUCCCGACCCCAAGUCUCGCUCUGCCGCCGCCGCCGCCGUCGCCAACAUCAUCGAGGAUACCAAGUGCCGCAAGCUCAUGCUCCGGGAACAAAUCGUCCACAUCAUCCUCACACAGACCCUGACAGAUGCGGCUCUCGAAAGUAGAGCUGCUGGAUGGGGCAUCUUACAGGGCUUGGCUCAGGAGGAGGAGGCUGAUUUUUGCGUGCACCUGUUCCGCUGUGAUAUUCUGACAGCUAUCGGACACGCUGCUAAGAAUGUUUCGGAAAAGUUACUGUCCACCGGUGCUGGCUCCUCGAAGCUUUCCCAGCCAGAAAAGUCCUUUGUCAUCAGCAUUUCCGCGUCUCUGAUUGCCUUGCUUACUGCAUUGGCCGAGGCUGCUGACGAUAUUCUUGAAGCCAUAUCCUCCAACGUCACCAUUGUUGACUUCCUCUUCGUCCUUGUUGCCCAAUCCAACACUAACGAUGACGAAUCCGACAGUGUUUCAAGCCUUCGAGGCGACGCCUUGGCUUGUCUUAUGAUUCUUACCGAAGAAAAUGGAAAUCUGGCCAAGAAGAUUGUCGCCCACUCUAGGUGUUAUCAGGUCAUGUCAUCUCUCAAGAACCAGGUCACCGGCGACGGCGUCCUAGCUUGUGCCAUCCUUCACAAUGUUUUCUCUGCACUUGAGGGACUCAAGGAUGCACCCAAUGUUACCGGCGCAGACGAUUCUGUACUUAUUCCCACACUUACCAAGACUAUUGCGACUAUUCAGCCAGAUCAACAUGCUGCCAAUGGCAGUCAGGGCUGGUCAAACCCACUGGAGCUGCAGCGGCUGGCUCUCGAAACAUUGGCCUCCAUUGGCACUACUCUGAACUCUGCCAACGUGGACGCGCCAGUCCCCGCAAAGCCUAAAGCCGAGGAACCCAAAGACGAUGAGGAUAUGGAUGAUGCCGAUGCAGGCGGCUCUGGCGCCGAGGAUGAAGAAGACGACGACGACGAAAUGGACCAGGAUGCAAUGGAAGCAGAUAUGGAAAUGGUAACUGGCGUAGAUGGCGACGACGACAAAGUCGACAUCGACGACAUGCCCGUCCUAAAAGCCCUUCUCCAAACUGCCCUCCCUGAACUCAUCCGCAUCUCCUCCUUCCAACCAACCAACAAUGACUCUCUGCAACUCCAUGGUCACGCCCUCUCCGCCCUCAACAACAUUGCCUGGUCUGUCUCACUCGUCGACUUCUCUGUAGACCAAAACGCCGGCAUCCAAAAAGCCUGGGCCCCCGUCGGCUGCACCCUGUGGGAACAAGUCAUUACCCCCAUUCUCUCCAGCGACACCGCCGACGUCAAUCUCGCCACGCAAGUGACCGGCCUCGCAUGGGCUGUAUCCCGCAGCCUCGGCGGCAACACACCCCUCAAGGGCGACGAGCACCGCAAAUUCAUCUCCCUCUACCAGGCCACCAAAUCCAUGGAACCUCAGGAUUCCGAAGAUCCUUUCCAGCGACUUGGCGUCAAAUGCGUGGGAGUGCUCGGCCAGCUCGCCAUCGAUCCUGCCCCAGCGCCACUGAACCGCGAAAUCGGCACGUUCCUUAUCACCCUCCUCGCUGGACUGCCUGAUACACCCGCCGCCGAUGCUGUUGAGGCACUGAACCAGGUUUUUGAUAUUUACGGCAGCGAGGAAUUCGCAUACGACGAGGAGGUUUUCUGGAAGGAUAAUUUCCUAAAUCAGCUUGAGGCCGUGAUGCCCAAGGCCCGAGCAAUGGUGAAGAGUGUCGACAAAAAGACGCAGCCUGAGCUGAGGGCCCGCGCGGACGAGGCGGUGAUGAACUUGGGAAGAUUCUUGGCGUACAAGAAGAAGAACAAGCCCGAUGACGUGAACGGCUCUUGA